UCUGCGAACGAUAAAAAAGAAUAAGAUUAACCAUGUACCAGUUACUACUACUUGCAUUUUUGGGUGCAAUCAAAAUAUCAGCCUUAAGUUCACCUUGCACUUUGGAAGAAAUUCGUCAACCAAUCACAAAUUUCAAAAAUCUUGUCGAAGAACUAGAAUCACCAGACAUCAGUAAAGAUAGAAAAUUAGAACAAAUUCGAAAUUUACUUGACCAAGUACCCAAUCAUUACCAUAUGGUCAACGUUACAUGUGGGGAGGAAAAAAUUUUAGGGUUGGAAGAUGUCAAAAACUUUAUGGAUGAUGGUAGAAAGAUUUAUGGUAUAAUGGAUGCACUUGGUACUGAAGACUUGGCGAAAGCAAAAAGUUUGUUUGGAAGUAUACACUCCAGGCGUAUUAUGCAUUAUUUUAUAACCCAAAUAGAAUUUUGGACAGGCAAGCUGAAUAAAAUCAUACAAGUCACAAAACUGAUAGAUGAUGUAGAUGUUGUAAAUAAAAUGCAUGCAGGUAUUAUUUUCACACUGAAUGAAACAAAUUUUGUUCACGGACAACUACUAGUGCCUAUUUUAAAGGAACAUUUGUUCAAAUACAGAGAUGGCGGUGGUAAAGAGGUAUUUCAACGUGCUAAACAGAAUUUGCACAAUUUAGCAAAACGAACUGGGCAUCAUUAUCCUAAUGCCCUUUCAGUAUUAAAUGAUUUUGAUAAAAAGUUAGCUGAUAAAACGAUUCAAAAUGUUGUUAAACGUGUUUUUACCAAUAAUAUAUACAGCAAGGCUUUUGAUGUUAUAACUGAAGCACCUACAAUCCGUUUGGCAGCUAUGGGAUUAAAAGCUUUGCAAAAGAAAAUUAAUUCCAUGAACUUGCAAAAUAGUCUUGUAGCAGCAAAGUUAUUCGUUUGGAAUAUAAUGAAUUUAUAUAUGUAUGGGAACAGGGAAUUUUUAGCAAUUUCCAAUAGCAUUAUGAACAAUACAACAGAUUUCAGCAAACAAUUAUUACUAGCAGAUUCUUGUCACAAAUUAGAUGAAGUAGAAGUAGAAGCUUUAUACUCUGGACAACCAGUUCGUCCUCGAUCACAUACUGGACAAUUUAUAGAUGAUAUGGAUUUAGCAGGAACAAUUGUUUCAAAUCAAACAAUGGGUUACUUUGGAAUUACACCAGAAAGUAUUUGCAGAGCGAGUUUGACUCCUGAAUAUUACACAUGUAUGAUCAUGCAGAAAUUUUUAUCCUACUCUUAUGAAAAAAUUAUUGUUGAAAUUAAUGAAGGAUUUAAGACAUUGAAAGAUCAGAUUAAAUCAUGCCUGAAUCAAGAACAACUAGUGAUGCAGUGCCUUAAGGGGUACAACUAG